GGAACAGACACCGAUUCGUUCGCUGGAUUUCGUGCAUGCAAAUGCUUGAAUGGUUUUCAUCGCACUCACAUGUUUGAAGGCUGUCGGCCGUGCAAUAAAGAAGGGUUGAAAUGCGAAAAUGACUACAUUACACUUAAGCCGGGCUAUUGGUGGAAAUGGUACAAUGACUCCGUCAAAGGCCUCUAUAAGAACUACACCUUAAAUCUGCUGUCAUCAAAUCCUUCCUUCGACGGUAACGGAGUCAAAUACCCUUUUCCGUUGCCUAUGCCACAUGAAUGCCCAAGAAAGGAAUCAUGCUUAGGAGGUCUGAACUCCAAAUGUGAACAGGGCUAUGAAGGGCCCAUCUGUGCAGUUUGUAGCCAUGGGUAUUACAAGCACCUUCAGACCUGCAAGGAGUGUCCAACAAAGGCUUGGAUGGCGGGUCAAUUGACCAUCACCUUCGUUUUGCUGCUGCUCCUUGUAGUGGUCGUAGUUUGGACGAGCAUUAAGAAAAACAAAGAGAACAGAGAGCGUGCUUUGGUUGACAUAAUUUUGGCCAGGCUAAAAAUCGUCAUUGGUUUCUAUCAGGUUACGUUUGGCUUACUGGAUGCUUUCACUUUUAUUAAGUGGCCUGAUUCCCUGGCUGCCAUAGCAAAAUAUUCAGAAAUGCUUCAACUAAAUGUUCUUCAGAUUGCUCCAAUUCAUUGUCUAUUUCCUCAGUUUAAAGUGGAUGCAUUUGAGAGUUUGUUUGCUAUCCUCGCAAUGAAUGCAGCUGCUGUUGCAGUGGCUGGGACAUGUUAUGGAAUAAAAAGGCUUUUGAUGAUCUCCAAAAGUCGUCACUUGGAAAAUGAUGCGGAAGCCAAGCAGAUUUCAGAAAGCAAGGAGCUUAUCUACAGAAAUCUUUUUUUCUUCUUGUUUGUUACUUAUCUUAGCACCUGCUCAAAAACAGCAAACGUCCUUCCCCUUGCCUGCCGCGAGAUUUGUCAUGAAGAUAACGGUAAAGAUUGCUCCAAAUAUCUAAAAGCAGACUUUACUAUUGAUUGCCGUGGUCGAAGGUACAAGUGCUUGGUUUCUGUAGCAUAUUUUGCAAUUGCAUACAUCGUCUUUUUGCCUCUUGCUUCUUACCUCUUUCUCUGGAAGCAAAACAGAAAAGUCAAAGCAUCGAUAAACGACUCUGGACAAAAACAAACUUUUGGAAAAGAAUUGGCGGCAGGGAUGACAUUUCUUUCUGAAAAUUACACAGCCAGAUCAUGGUAUUGGGAGCUUGUCGAGACAGUUCGCAAAGUUAUAUUGACAUCUGGCUUGUAAGAGCACCCUCCCCUCUCGUCCCGUAUGCAACCUAACCGAACGCAAUAAAGUCCCGACAUACCUUACAAAAAACGGAUGCACUCUGGUCAUCUUCUAGGUAAACUUUUGAAACUGAUGCUUACUUCUCUCGCUGUUACGUUCGUCAAUCUGGGCAUUGGAGCUGUCAGCAAAAUUCCCAAAGAAAAUGUUCCAGCGUCGAUAGAUCCGUAUGUGGACUCUGUUAUGUUCAACAUAUUGGUGAUUGCUGCCAACACUCUUGUGAUCGGAUUACUUGUUGGUGAGUAGGCUGAAGAUUGAGACCACGAGAAGCCUCUCUUUUUUCUUAGUCCGCCGAGCGAAACGCGCUAGACACAAAAAUGACCACGCGCGUGACUGAAGGCGCAAGACGGGAGAGCCGCCACCCUCGUUUCUCGCGGCUUUUCCGCUCGACGCUUAUGCGCGCGUGCACUCCCCUUACUAAAUUCUCCCCUCCCAUUACCCCUACCUCCCUCAAAGGGAAACUCUCUCCCUUCUUCCUCUCCCUCUCCUUUCUUUUAUUUUUUUCUCUCGUUACAGCUUUCGUUCAUUAACUCGAGCAAAAACGCUUGCUACGCACACUAAAAUGGCCACAACAACAAUUCAUCGAUUAAACUACCAGCCCUGUAUUGCAAACGCAGGCUGUGUUUUGUUGUUUGUAGUCUGCAUAUUUCGCUUAAGAUUUACCUUUUCACUCUUUUUAUGUCUUGAUUUCAGUUCAGUACUCGGUAUACCUUUACCAUUUCAUUAAAGAAUGGAGGAAAAAUCCCGAGUGGUCCAUGUCCUGUUGCCUAGCAAUGCUUCUUCCUCUUAACGACCUACAGGGAGACAUCCGAGGCAUGGUGGGGCAGGAUGUUCUGAGGCAGCAAUUUCAAAGUGGACAAAUAGCUAUGCCCUCCGUGGCUGGCGCCGUCAAGGACACUGGGGCUAUUGACGUUCAGCUUGAAGAGGAAGAAACAACUGAAGUUGCGCCAGACAGCAUUGGUGGCCAUAACGACAGAGCGCACAGUCAGCAAAUUGUCAGGGACCCCUCAGAUCCCUGUAUAACUGACUUUGUUGUAUCGCCUCUUGUUGUUCAU